CUAAGAAGAGGAGUGAGGCCCGACAGGUGUUCCGGCGGGCAGGUGCAGGACAGACAGGCAGGUAACAGCAGCAGCAGUAGUGGCGGCGGCGGUGGAGGGGACGCGGGCGGAGCCAUGAGCAGUGGCGGCAUGGGCGGCGCAGGAUUCGAGCAGGUGCCAAACGGACCAUUCGGGGGUGGCACCCCCCUUUCCAUGCUGCAGCUGCCGCCCACCGCCCACGCCGAGCUCAACGCUCACCUCAACUCCCCUGGCUCUUCCGGAGCGAGUUUCACCCUGGACGGCGGGAGGGCGACCGAGGCCGGCGAGGCUGCCGAGCACACGGAGGGGGAGGUGGGCUGGGUGUGCAAGACCUGCCGCCUCGUCUUCCCGUCUCCCCCUCUCCUGGCCGCCCAUCAGCGCGCCCUCGAUCACUCACGCGGAGUCCUCAGGCUGACGCAGUUGCUCUACGCCUGCACCACUUGUCGCCACCACGCAGCCACACAGGUGGAGUUCCGACGCCACCUGGAAAGCGAGCAGCACCGUGCUGCCAUUACCCCUGCCGUGCCCAGCGGCGGCGGCGGGGUUGGUGGCGGCGUGGUGGAAGACGCGGAGGUUGCGGCGGUGGUGCGGCAAAUCACGGCCCUGGCCCAGGCGGCGCACCCCGGCACGGACACCAACGCCAACAUCAACAAAGACAGCGCCGCCCCGAUGCCAGGGCCCCAGCCGGCCCCCAGCCAAUAAGGAUGGGGUCACCGGGGCUUACCUGGCCCCUGGCUCCCUCCCAGUGACCCGCGCGGCACCCGAGCCACCCAGGCGGGUCUCCUCGGUACCCUCGCAGGUCGGGCUUCAUGCCCAGCCUACUUAACGCCUCGCAGAAAACGCCCCGCGGCGGCGCCCCACAAACUGUGUUGUGUGUCGUUGUGGCCUCGCCGCUGCUGUGUCCGUGUAGACGUCGUGUUGUAGCUAGCGGCCACCAGGCGCCGCGCCGCCCCGCCUCGCUCACGCCCCCCUCGCCACCACGGCUACAUAUUCACGCUAUAGCUCCAAGGGUCUCACAAGACUGCCCACACCGACUGUGUAAGUCAUGGGCAUGCUGGUAGCGCGUGGUGGCCAUGGCCGGCGUGGGAGGGGGCGAGGCACUGGUUCUUACAAUCAUUGGUCCUGUGGGUAAUGGUUCCUACGUAGGUUUAUUGUGGCCAGUACUAUGUUCCUGUAGCGAUAGUGUGACCCCGCGCUGCCCGGGUCAUGGGUCGCUUCUUGACGUUUCCUCCGGCGACACCGGCGGCGUCCCCAGUUCCUCACCUCCCACAGUGUACAACAACCGGCGGAGGACUUACACUUGUCAAAGUGAUAAUCCUGAAACCUUAGAAUAAGGAAACCUCGCAAGAUAAUUCAAGUGUGUAACCCCAGACAUCUGCAAGUAGUCUUUCCCUCGAGGGGAAGUACAGUAUAUACUAAGUAAUUUUGAUGCAACAAUUACGAGACUUUUUCUCCUCAUGUUCCACAUGUACAUGCAAGCCGUCAGUGUGUACUUGAAGGUUCACUAAGUACACAGUGACGUACGUUCACCCGAGUUCUGUAGCGAUACACAGCGAUGGUGUCAGCGAACGGGAACUUAGUUUUAUUUCACUCAAACAAUUUCAACUCCUUUUCACAAGACGUAGACUGAUCCUUCUGGAGGCUCUGCACAAGGCUGAGAUCCGCUGACAACAUCAUUGCGGCUGCUGAACGGCUUGAGACAGCUUGGAGAAAGAGCUGAGACGAGGAAGCACAACCAGGAGACCGGCUCAUCCCUCGUCCAGUUGCUGGGCACCUUGGCUCCCCCAGGCCCGCGCCGCCACAGUCGCCUCACAACACUUCCUUCGCUGCUUAUCAAACAUUAUCGAUAUCAAGCAUUCAGCUGCUGUGGAAUGAAAAACAAAUACACAGUUGCUACCUAAAGUUUAAUUCAUCAAGAAAAAAAAGAUGCUUUUAAUUCCAAACUAGUUUAUUUAUUGCAUAUUUGACAUGGCAGCUGGAAAACGUAAUUCUAAAAAUAUGAAUGCUGAGACUUUGUAAUUACUAAAUAGUUUUAAUGUCUUCAUAUUGGCAACUAUGUCAUUUGAUAUUUAACACAUUUCAACUUCUUCAAAAAGUAAAUAUUAGCCACACUGGAAUGAUCAAGAUAGCAGGGAAGAGGUCAGCGUGUUGACCUCAAGGCUGACUGUCGGCGGCAAGGGUCGCGGCGGAUUUCCUGUGGUACUACGAGUGUGUGCUAUUGUUGUGAUGGUUGGCAUAAGACAGAGAGCCCCGGACGCCGACACCCUCCCCGCCCCGCCCCGCCCCGCC